CUCGGAAGUCGGAAUUGAAUGGUGGAUGUGUUAUGUAACUUACGUACGGAUUUCCUUGACGUUGAGGACCUUGAGUGGGGAAGUUGAAUUGCGAGAAGUGAUGCCUGCUGUACUUUGGCUUUACCAUUGUCCGCCAUUGUAUGAAUGUAUGAGGGUUGGGCGUGCUUGGCACUUGCACCGCGACCACAGUGAUCUAUUGAAAUUGUAAAGCCUAUAAACUUUUCAUCAAUCCUGGCACAAGCCAACUGAAAAAUGGCUUCGCAGUUGCAGUAUGUUGGAAGGGGACAGUUGUUAUUAAGGCAUUCGAAGAAGUGUUGGGCGUCACAGCAUUACAGCGUGUUUGUGAACAGUUCACCCGAAAAAUGUUUAGGUGAGCAACAGAAGAGUUCAAGAGACAUACUCCAGAAGUCACAAGAGCUGCAUGUGUCAGCAGCAAAGCAGUAUCCCACUGUACAGCCUCUUCCUUUGCCUGCAAAUGUAGAAGAAAUAAAUGCUGCUGAGAUGGCAUGUUUCUCUCCACAGCGAGUAAGAGACAUCUCAGGUCCAGUCAUCUUAUCAAAAACAGUUGGAAAUUUUUUGAAUGGUUGUGCAAGGAGCUACAACCAGCAGUCAUAUCCACUAGAUUUGCAUGUGGCAAGCUAUGAUUGUAGGGGUACAGUGAGCCUGAGUUCUCUGAUGCAAACCAUGGUGCCAGAGCCAUUCUCAAAGGAAGGUCAUGCUACAUACCUGAACAUGCCAGGUGGACAGUGGGCCCAGGGUCACAAGUAUAUCUCCAGAGACAUGCAUAAUACCCAUUACCAGAACUUGAAACAGAAGUCAACACCAAAAGAUGGAGAUCCAGGUACAUUGGGUAGUAAGAAAUUGUCAUCAAAAUCAUACUGUUUUCUCUUUAGCACUAACACAGACAGUAGUAAAUUGUCACGUAGAGAUAAGCUGAAACGUGCGGUCAAAGAUUAUGGAGUGACAGUGGUUAUUUUCCAUAUUGGCAUUUCAUUGUUAUCACUAGGUGGAUUCUACUUGGCAGUGACUAGUGGUGUAGAUUUGUCUGGGUUUGUGGCACAUGUUGGAGGAGGAGAAGUAGCUGCAGAAGCCAGCAGUUUUGUAGUUGCCUACGCUUUGCACAAGAUGUUGGCUCCAGUUAGAAUUGGAAUUACUCUGGCAGCUGUGCCAGUCAUUGUGCGCUACUUACGCAAGAUUGGAGUGCUGAAAAUUCCAAAAUCACCUACUUAAUGAAAGUAACAUAUAUUAUCUGUUAUACUAAGUGUAUUUGAAUUUGUGAUAAGGUCAUUUGUAUAUGUAGAUAUAGUAUUCAUAUCUUACAUUACAUUUGAAAGGAAGCAUGCACUUAUGAUUUUAAGAGCCUCCAGAGUUAAAGGUGAAUGAAAACUUUUUUCUUUUAUAUUCUGCUCUGGCAAAAAUAUCCUAGGAGACCUACAAUUUAUAUUCAUCUAGUUUUGUUAGGGGAAUUAAAUCAAGAAAUACAAAAUUUUGUAUGGAAAAUCUUAUGGAAAGAAAAUAUAUGGAAGACCUAGGCAUGGAUAAGAGGAUAUGGUUAGUUGGCACAGAAUGCUUCAUUCUCAGCUGAGAUAAUUUUCUACCUAGCAUACCAGUAUUUCAUCAUUGUAUCUUACUCUAUCCAUAAAGCAUCUCACUUGGAUUACUGUUUGAUGCAGAGAUUUGUCAAGACACCCACUGAAGAAACAUCAGUAAGUUUGGUUGACAUAAGAUUCUUUUUCACCAUGUUUGGAGGAUAUUAAUAUUUCCUGUGUUCUUCCAUUCAAAUUUCCAAAUUUCCCUUGCUUUGGCAAGAUGUUACCUUCUUGCCAUAUUUUUUUCCAAUUUUUUUGUAAUAGUUUUAAAGGGAAUUUUUGUUUAUAUUAUAAGGUAUAUUUUGUAAAUGUUUAUAUACCAUUACUGAAUAACAAUAAAGCAAUUAAAUAAUUA